CAAAAGGGCUAAUAAUCAAUAAUUUGGGCACUUUUGCCAUAUCCCUUUUUAUUAUUAAUGAAAUAAUUUUGGGAGUUAAAUGGGGCGAAGUUAUAAUUGGAGGCGGAGAGAGUGAGUACCUGAAAAGAAAAAAAAAAAAAUAGUAGAAGAGAAUACGAAAGGAUGCCGCUUAGUACGACCGCGAUCGGAGCCCUUUUGGGUUUGGGCACCCAGAUGUACUCCAAUGCCCUCCGCAAGCUCCCUUACAUGCGCCAUCCUUGGGAACACGUUUUGGGCAUGGGAAUCGGUGUCGUGUUUGUAAAUCAGCUUGUGAAAUGGGACGCCCAGCUCCAGGUAGACCUGGACAAGAUGCUCGAGAAGGCCAAGGCUGCCAACGAACGCCGUUACUUUGAUGAAGAUGAUGAGUAACCUUAUCGUCUCAAUGAUUCAUAGCGUAUUCAAAUAGGACGUUCAUGUUUUGGAGAAUGCUGGACUCAAAGUUUUCCACAUUUGUUUGCUUUUGUAUGUGGCUCUGUUUUUAUGACUGAAGUACUGCAAUGAUUUUGUUUGCUUUACAAAUAAAAAAUGAGGGAUAACUUAGCCUGGCUAAUGCAGUAUCUACAAAUUACGUAAUAAAUGAAAUGAAAUUUAUUGAAUUGAAAUGAAUCACUGCAACUGCAGUAGCUGUAAGGGAUUUGAUGAAGGAUCUAAUCUAAUACUGAAUUUUCUGGAA